ACGGGACUUCAUUUGUAAGCUACCCCACUUAGCUCUUUAACAGAAUAAUUCUUCGCAAAAUUCUGCAUCGAAGACCGCGUAGGUCCAAUCCAGUCUGUCUAGGUUCUCAACAAUGAAACCAACUUACGUAAAAGAUAGGCAUGUUAUUGAACGCGUAACCUUACGCCGACUAUAGGUCCGGUGCCAGCCAGUCUUCUCCGUUUGCACUAACCUAAAAAUAUAUCAAGAACACGGGUGAUUGACUGGCAACACGUGAUUUCGUAAAAAUGUUAACUCGAAAUCCCUGUCUUAUAUCUAUCAUUAGAAAAUCGUGAAUAACGAGGUGGAAUAACGGCCAAAUCGGCAAAAUUGUUAGUAGAUGAUGUCAAGUCAAAAUCGCGAGAAACGUUCUAGAUGUGGACGCGGUAGACGCCUAAUAGGGUCCGGUUGUAGUACAAAGCCUUCCGAAAAUGCUGCCAAAGCAGCAGGAACCACGAAUCCACAACCAAACAAUGAUGACUCGAGCAUCGUAUCGCUCACCUCAUCGACCCAGUCCAGACAGAAAGACAAGGACAAAUCCGACGCGAAACCGGAGGCUUCAAAGGAACCAUUGAAAGAUAGCAAUUCGAUGCUUAGCACUGACCUAUAUCCCACAAGGGACAGUGAGGCCGAAAAGGUGAUUCGUGCUGAACUUAAGAAUGCCAGGAUUGCUCGAGAAGACCAAAGUACUGAGGAGUCAGCUAUGAAGCCGCUCAUCGUUAGUGGGUCCAAUUUUAUUGCCUAUGGUAAUUCCGCCCCGGGUCGUCUUAAGGUUCGAACGAAGUCUCGCUUGAAAGACGAUAGGGCUCCAAGAUGCUCCCGAGAACGACUGCCUAAAGGCGCAAUAAAGCAGCCAAGGCAAAAGCGGCACCAACUAAAGUCGGCAAGAGGCGGUACCGGUGGAACUGACUCUAAUAGUCCGAAGGGGUAUACUGGCAAAGGUUUUCCAGGAGUAAGCCCCAGAAAAUCACCACUGAACCCUGGAGAGCUUCAAACGCCUGGCUCGAUUGCUACUCAGACUUCAUUCCACACUGAGUCGAAAAAUGAGACAGAAGUUAAAGUAGAAACCAAAGGGCCAGCUAAGGUCGCGGCGGAAAGCACGUACGUAAAGGAUAUUCCAUUAAAGGAUGCACCCGCGCCCAACAAAGUUCUAAAUGACGCUCCAAUACCGCCUGAUCUAUCAGUGAAGUGUGCUACAGUGAAAAAUCUAGCUGCAAAAGUGGCUCCGGUACAACAACUCGAACCGAAGGGUCCUGUAACAGAUAUUUCGCUUACAAAAGAUGUCCCAUCGACAACUCCUCCUGCCAGGGCUGGUGCGGCUAAAGAUCCUGGGCCUAAAUGUGCUUCUUCGGAACCUGGAGCAACUAAACCUGAUCCAAAGAAACCCUAGGUGAUCACCCAAAAACGGAUACGUAUUCCUGCACGUUUCUUGACAAGCAGCUUGAGGCAGGAGAUGAAAGGAGACCAAAUCGUCAGAUCUCGUUCUAAAUAAAUUUUUUCUGUAAAUAAGUUUUCUGUAAGGCUACCGGAGUUGUGUAUUUUAAAUUCUAACCACCCAUUUUUAUACAUGUUGAGCACAGCAAAGUCCACACAAUAGAUGUGAAAUCAUGACUACUACUAAUCCAAAACUCGUUCUCGUUCUACUUCUUUGUUUA